CCUUAUGUAUAACCCUUAAAUUAAAUUAAGACCAAAAAGCAACAAAAGAAAGUAUGCAUUUUUACUAUUCAUCCAAUUUUGACUUUGUGGCUGUAGUAACUCGUGACAACCGUGUAGAACGUGUUCGCCAUAAUAAACCCCGAACAAGGCUGUGCUAAAACAAGUGAUAAGGUGGCUGUGCGAAGCUGCAGUUUGUAUUGUUUUUAACAAUACAGGUUUAGCUAGCAAGUGUAUGUCGGGAUUUUAAAAAGUAUUUUUUUUGUGGAAGGAAUAAGGAAAGCGAGGGAAAAUUGAGCAUAUCAAGGCCACACCAUGGCGUCGGCAUCUGCCAGCGUGGAUUCCAAGGCAGAGCUGACCGCUCUGCUGGAGCAUUGGUUGGAGAAGUGGGAGGGGGAGCAGCAGGCUAGCACACCAGACCUGGUUAACAUCCUCACCAAGAUCUCAGAGCUGGUGGAGAGGGAGACUGAGGAAUAUCACAAAGCUGAUCCUGAUCCUUUUGAUGACAGGCACCCUGGGAGAGCUGAUCCAGAAUGCGUCUUGGGUCACCUGCUUAAGAUCCUGUUCAAAGAUGAUGAUUUCAUGAAUGCGCUGGUGAAUAGCUAUGUGAUGACCAGCAGAGAGCUCACCCUUAACACAGCAGCCUGUCGUUUGCUGCAGAACAUCAUGCCUGGGUUGGAGACCGCUGUGGUCUUUCAGGAGAAGGAGGGCAUAGUGGAGAGGCUGUUUAAAUGGGCCCAGGAGGCUGAGCAACCCCUGAUGAUCUAUGCUACGGGCCUGCUGGCUGGAGCCAUGGAGAACCAGGACAUCGCUGCCAACUACAGGGAGGAGAACUCAGUCCUGGUGCCUCUAAUGCUGCAGCGGCUACGUGAGCUGCAGGCCAAGGACACUGAGAACAGGAAGGAGUUUAAACGGCCCAGUCCCAGGAAGGCCCUGGGGGAACCUCUCCUUCCUCUGGAUGAGGAGACUGUCGACGGAGGUUUCGAGGACACCCCGUUCUCCUCUGGGAAUAACGGCACGGAGAGGGUGGAAAAGGGACCAGAGGAGGACAGAGAGGAGAACCCCUUCCCCCCAGGGAAUAACAGAACAGAGAAGGGACCAGAGGAGGACAUAGAUGAGAACCCCUUCCCCAGCAAUGAGUCUGACAACUCUUCCCACAAGACCAGCAGCUGCACCAGCUCGUCCAUCAAAGGCCAGAUGAAACCCGUGUCUGCCCCGCAGUCUCUGUCCCACCGAGACUUCCUAGACAGCAGGGCGGAGGGCAGCAGUCACCUCAAGAGGAGGGCGGAGAGGGAGAAUGGACGGAAGGUAAAACAGAAGCUGAACUUCUCCCUGCCGGAGCCGGAGAGGAACUUCAGCGAGCUGUCCAACAGCAGCUGGUCUGAGAUGAGCCCCUGGGUGAUUGGGAACAACUAUCACCUUUACCCUCUGACCCCGGAGAUGGAGCAGAGGCUCAUCCUACAGUACCUCACCCCUCUGGGGGAGUACCAGGAGCUGUUGGCUGUCUUCAUGCAGAUGGGAGCCUGUGAGCUGCUCAUCCAUUACAUGGACCUGAAGCAGACCAACGAUGUACAGCUCACCUUUGAGGCUCUCAAGUACCUGGCCUCCCUGCUCCUGCAUAAGAAGUUUGCAGCCCAGUUUGUGGCCCAUGGAGGAGUUCAGAAGCUUCUGGAGAUCCCCAAGCCUUCCAUGGCUGCCACAGGGGUGUCUCUGUGCCUCUAUUACCUGGCCUACAACCAGGAUGCCAUGGAGAGGGUGUGUAUGCUGCCUCACUCCAUCCUGUCUGACGUGGUGAGCUACACUCUGUGGCUGUUGGAGUGUUCCCACGCCUCGGGUUGCUGCCACGCCACCAUGUUCUUCUCCAUCUCCUUCUCCUACCGAGCCGUGCUGGAGCUCUUCGACAGGCAGGACGGCCUCCGACGCCUUGUCAACCUGAUAAGUACGUUGGAGAUCUUAAACCCUGAAGACCAGGCGGCCCUGCUGAGUGAUGAUCAGAUCUUCUCCAGCAGACAGACAGCCAAGCACACCUGCAUGGCCCUGCGCAGGUUCUUCGAGGCCCAUCUGGCCAUCAAGGUGGAGCAGGUCAAGCAGUCCCUGCAGCGGACUGAGGGGGGCGCUCCCAUUCACCCUCAGCCCUACUACAAGGCGUGCAGCUACACCCAUGAGCAGGUGGUGGAGAUGAUGGAGUUCCUGAUCGAGUACGGACCAGUCAGAUUGUACUGGGAGCCAGCUGAGGUCUUCCACAAGCUGUCCUGUGUUCAGCUGCUACUACAGCUCAUCUCCAUUGCUUGUGACUGGAGGACCUACUAUGGCAGGAGUGACACAGUGCGUUAUGCCCUGGACAUACUGAGCAUCCUGACGGUGAUCCCUAAGACCCAGCUGCUGAUGGCUGAGUCUGUGGCUGUGCCAGAUGGGGAGGGGGGUAACGCAGUCUCCACCGUGGGUAUGAGUGUAGUCCUGUUGGUGGCGGAGGGAGAGGUGUUUGUGAACGACGCCGAGAUCCAGAAGUCUGCUCUGCAGGUGGUCAUCAACUGUGUGUGCGCUCCGGACAAACGCAUGUCCAGCAUCGGCAAGUUCAUCUCGGGCACUCCUCGUAGACGCCUGCCCCAGACCACCAAGAGCAGUGAGAGCGUGCUCAGCAAGAUGUGGAACGUGGUGCAGUCCAACAACGGCAUCAAGGUGCUCCUGUCCCUGCUGACGGUGAAGAUGCCCAUCACAGAUGCAGAUCAAAUCCGGGCCCUGGCCUGUAAGGCUCUGGUGGGUCUGUCCCGCUCCAGCUCAGUCAGACAGAUUAUCAGCAAGCUGCCUCUCUUCAGCAGCGGACACAUCCAGCAGCUCAUGAAGGAGCCUGUGCUCCAAGACAAACGCAGCGAACACGUCAAGUUCUGUAAGUUUGCGGCAGAGCUCAUCAAGCGAGUGUCUGGUAAACCCCUCAUGAUAGGGACGGAUGUCUCCCUGGCCUGGCUGCAGAGGGCUAAUGUGGUGGCCCAGUCCAGGAUCUCCUUCCCUGAGAAGGAGCUACUGCUGUUGAUCCGGAACCACCUGGUGGCCAAAGGCCUGCAUGACACGGCCACCACACUCACCAAGGAGGCCGACCUCCCCAUGGCCAUCCUCCCCCACCCAUCUUCCUCAGCUUUACUUCCUGUCGUUGUUCCCCCUCCUCCUGCCUCUCCUGCCCCUGCCCUCCCCAGGACCCCUCGGCUGGCCAAUGGGGUUGCAGCGCGGUUGGCGAGCCACGGCUCUCAUCCGUCCAUGCCGUUGUCAGUUCAGCCCCGUCCCUCGACAUCGCAACUCCUCGCACUCCCUCCGGCCGCCCCUCCCCUGUUGACCCCUCACCAAAGCAACGGCUCUCCCCUAAUUGGUCGGAUCGUGUUCACGCGAGAGCGCCCAUCGCCGUGCCCCGUGCCUGCCAGUUGUAAGAAGCCGCGGGUGCUGAGGCAGAAGUCAGAUUACGGUGCCUUCAGCCAGAGUCCAGCCAUGAAGAAACAGCUGGACAGACACCUGCCCUCUCCCCCUGCCCUGGACAGCAUCAUCACAGAGUACCUGAGGGAGCAGCACGCGCGCUGCAAGAACCCUGUCACCACCUGCCCCCCUUUCUCCCUCUUCACCCCCCACCAGUGCCCAGAACCCAAGCAGAGGCGCCAGGCCCCAACCAACUUCACCUCCCGAAACACACGCAGGGUCGUCUACCCCAAGUAUGGAGGGGUGGACGGGGGCUGCUUCGACAGACACCUCAUCUUUAGCAGGUUUCGUCCCAUGUCUGUGUUCAGGGAGGCAGAUGAGGAUGAGAGUGGGUUCAUGUGUUGUGCCUUCUCUGCCCGUGAGCGGUUCCUGAUGCUGGGGACGUGUACGGGCCAGCUCAAACUCUACAAUGUGUUCACAGGCCAGGAGGAGGCGAGCUACAGCUGCCACAGCUCUGCCAUCACACACCUAGAGCCAUCACGGGAUGGCUCUCUGUUGUUGACGUCGGCAUCAUGGAGUUAUCCUCUGUCUGCACUGUGGGGCAUGAAGUCGGUGUUCAUCAUGAAGCAUUCCUUCUUAGAUGAUCAUUAUGUGGAGUUCAGCAAACUCUCACAAGACCGAGUUAUUGGCACAAAGGAACACAUAGCUCACAUCUAUGACAUCCAGACAGGGCAGAAGACCCUGACCCUCAACUACCCGGACCUGGCCAAUAACUACAAGAGGAACUGUGCGACCUUUAACCCCACUGAUGACCUGGUGCUGAACGACGGCGUACUGUGGGACGUGCGCUCGGCUCGUGCCAUCCACAAGUUUGACAAGUUCAACAUGAACAUCAGUGGAGUGUUCCACCCCAAUGGCCUGGAGGUCAUCGUCAACACUGAAAUUUGGGACCUGCGGACUUUUCACCUCCUCCACACAGUGCCAGCUCUGGACCAGUGUAGGAUCGUCUUCAACAACAACGGCACGGUCAUCUACGGAGCGAUGCUCCAGGCAGAUGAUGAUGAUGACAUAAUGGAGAUGCAGACGAAGACUCCCUUUGGCUCCUCCUUCAGGACGUUCAACGCCACCGACUACAAACCCAUUGCCACCAUUGACGUGAAGAGGAAUAUCUUUGACCUCUGCACGGACACCAAGGACUGCUACCUGGCUGUGAUUGAGAACCAGGACUCAGUCAACACAGACACGGUGUGCAGACUGUACGAGGUGGGACGCCAGAGACUGGCUGAAGAGGAGGAGGAUGAAGACGAUCAGGAGGAUGACGAUCAAGAUGAUGACGAUGAUGAUGAUGAUGAUGACUCUGAUGAUGACAUGGACACGGACCCUCUGAUCGCUGAGCUGGAUAACGAUAACGGGGAGGAUGAGGAAGACGAAGACGGGAACAAUGAAUUAUCUCUCUCCGACGAUGAGGUGUCUCGCCUGCUGGAGGGGGAUGGAGAGGAGGAGGAGGAGGAGGAUGAUGAUGACUCGGAUGACGAUGAGGAAGAUGGGGACCUUGCCCUGGAUAACACAGACAGCUCUGACAACUCUGACCUUGAGGAUGACAUCAUCCUGUCCCUGAAUGAGUGAGGAGCCGUCAGUGUCUGGGACAGAGAAACUAGGACGACGCGUCCAGACUCCUGGAGAGAGCGCUCCAUGUGGGUGAACCGUCAUAAACAACUGAGACAAGACUAUAAGGUACAGUUAGAUAAGAGAGAGUUGGGGAGAGAGAAGGGUGUGAUUUGGGAAGUGAACUGAGAGCGCCAACAGAGCAUUGCCAGUUUGGAAUUCUGUCCAAGGCCCCCCACCGCCCAGGAGCAAGUCGUCCUGGGAGAAGCUGAUUGAAGGAGUCAGUGAAGAGCCAGAAGAGAGAUCCACCUUUCAAAACAUUUCUACAGAAAUUGAAUUCAUGAAAAAAUAGAAGAUUUGUAUAUGAUAUAGUUUUAUAUUACACUGUGGGCUUGAUGAGUGGAAAACAAUGUUUGUACAGACACAACAACAACUGAGGUUAUAAUUUUUUCAUUUUGAUUUCAUUAAAGCUCUUUCAAAAGUUUA